AUGACGAGGAAGAUAUGCAUGCGUAUGGGAUUCCAGCAGCCCGUGGGUGGUACUUGGAUCCACGAUGAUUUUAAGGUUAAAGUCCUGGAAAUGUUUUCACAGGUACUACAGCUGCCCGGCUGGACAGAGGCAGCCGUAGCGCCUUCGCUAGUCCCCUUGAAUUUCAAGAAACUCACGUUGAAACGUAUCAGCGGUGCGCUGACCAACGCUGUGUUCUUUGUGGGUUACGAGGCCGAUACACAACCUGCUCCGCCGACGCUGCUGCUGCGGAUCUAUGGCCCAGGGAGUGAAAAUUUACUCUCGCGCCGUACUGAGCUUCUUAUUCUGCAUACUCUCUCGAGUCUUUACGAGAUGGGACCUCAUAUCCUCGGCACUUUUGCCAACGGGCGUAUUGAAGGUACGUGCAGCGGUGUUGACACAGAAUUCUAUAAUUGUGAGAGUAUCGGUUGGGAUGGCUUUCGAAAUCUUCAAACCUAUCCGCAAGAAGGACCGGCUUAUUGGGUCGCGCGGCGUAUGCGUGAGCUCCAUGAGGUGCCCCUGGACGUCAUUCGCACUGUGAUGGAGCAAGGCGACCUCAAGUCACCCAGCAAAGGAUUUGGCCGUGGGAUUGAGAAUCAUAUAAUGGCAUCUAGCCACAGGCCCAGGCAGCGUCACACUCAGCGUACGGAGGCAACGUCGCCGGUGUGGCAAAGCUACAGCUACUUUGCGCAUCCCUCUCCCGGACUCUUUCCGAAUCACAAGAAUACUUCAACUAUGUCGUUUGACUCAUUGGCUACAAGCUAUGACUCUCUGGCGAGUCCAAAAAGUGCCCUGUGGACACCUUCUACCCAAUCGACGCAGCCGUCUCAUUCCUUGACUAUGAGUCCCCUUGCUCUGGGCCCCUCUUCUGCUCCGUCCAUUCCUCAACAUGGACCGUACCCGGGAGUCUGGCGACGCCUGAAGCGCUGGACUCGGAAAGCCAGUAAGGUGAUCGAGCGGGUGAACCAGUUUUUCGAUUCCCCUAAAGGACAGGUCAUAUGCCAGGCUUUUGGAGUCGAGAAAUUACCUGUGACCAUUGGAACAGAGCCAAGGAAGCCACCUGCAAGCGCACACUCUCUUCGUGCGACCAAACUCUACUUUGUCGACAUGAUGCAAGCGUUGUAUGCGGUAGAUCUGCCCAUGCUAUGUCUCGACAUUGCUGAAUACAAGCAAUAUGUUCGUGACUGGGAAAAAAUCCAGGGAAAGAGCCGACGUGUGUUUUGUCACAACGAUUCCCAAAGUGGCAAUUUGCUCCUGCUACGCCCGGAUGCUUCAGGCCAGCUACCUGCCAUGGCUUCUGGGAUGCCCCGGACAGUGACCAUGUCCCCCGGUCCUCUGGGUGCUGAGUCGCCGAGUCUACGACCACGCACUCGCUCUCGCUCUCGGUCUCACUCCCAGGCAGCUCAUCACCGCCUGGUAGUAAUUGACUUUGAGUAUGCCUCACCCAACCCACGUGCUUAUGAUAUUGCCAACUACUUCCGCGAAUGGACAACGAAUUAUAUUCACCCCACACACUCAUGGAGUAUGCGGGUUCAUGGCCCCUACCCUACCAAGGAAGAGCGGUUCCAAUGGCUCCGUGCAUAUGUGGAACACGGUCGCUGGCUCACGAGACGUGGUGGUGGUUCUUCCAAGCUCAGUACCCCUGAAAGUUUAAGUGCUAUGUCUGACAUGAGUCUUCCUCCCUCUAUCACCUCGGGCGAUGCGUCCCCGUGCGCUUCCCCCCGCCCCAAUGCCCAGUCGCCCUCGUUUGAUGCGACGCAAGCAGAGGUAGAGCGACUGGAGGAGGAAGUGUAUGUGUGGUCGCCGGCGAUCAAUGCGAUGUGGGGACUCUGGGGUAUUGUAAUGGCCCACGAUGAUGUCGUGACACUAUUGGAACUAAUGGAGCAGCACGUGCAUACCUCGCCAUCUGGCUGGAAGUUUGACCAGCAAGCUGCCAUUGAGUCGGGACUGGAACGCGGGGAUCCCAACGAGUUUGAUAACCUGCGCUUCUCGCUGGACCGUAUUGAGGUUUUCCGCGAAGAACUAGAUGCACGCCAAGUGGGAUUGAAGAGACGGCAUGCCAGGCCAACAGGAUGA